AUGAUAGACGAUGAUCGAUUAGACUCUGGAAUAUGUAUCUCAUCCACCAAAAAAUCAACAACUGUUUCAUCUUCAAAAAAUGAAAGUUUAGAACUUUGGGUCGAUGAUUUAUUAAAGGAAUUUAAUAAUAUCGUCUCAAUUAAUUUAAACAUUGACCCAAAUCAAGAUAGAGUUAAACAAAUUAACGAAGGACUAAAUAGAACUCCAGAUAAUCAUAAUAAUGAAAAAAUACUUGAUGAAUCUUCAAAGAAAAACUCAAAACUACGAAAAAAUCCAAUAUCGUGCGUUUCUGAUUUUAUAAAGAAUGCAGCAGAAAAAAGUGUUUCCAUAUUUGAAAAAUCAGAAUCCCCCGAAAAUAAAAAACAAGAAGAUCAGGCUAGAAAGCGUCUCGAACUAGCCCGUAAAAAAACCAGAAAACUUACAAUAAAUAUUGGUUCGAUCGAGAAAAAAAGUAAAAAUGAACGUUUAUUAAAUGGUCGAUAUCUCAUAGACAAAAGAAAUACAGUUGGUGAAGGUCACCAUGGAAAAGUUUUUAAGGGUAUUGACAUACAAAAUGAAACACGUGUGGCAGUUAAAUGUUUAAAGAAACAAUUUAAAUGUUGUUUGGGUACAAUACAUUAUGCAAAUAAAAAACAAUUAAAGAAGAAUUCUGAAAUAAUUAAUGAAGGAAGAAUGAUGUUACAAAUGGAAGGCUUGAGAAUGACUGAAAGUUAUGCUCGUGGAUUUAUGAAAUCAAUACUUGAAGCUGUUAAAGCUAUGCAUGAUGCUGGUUAUGUUCAUCGUGAUAUAAAGCCUGAAAAUAUCAUGUUAUAUGAAGAUGAAUUUGCAAAACUUGGUGAUUUUGGUCUUUCGACUGAAUUUGGUUAUCAUUCAGGUUUACAAGUAGUAGGAACUCCUGCUUUUGCUGCUCCUGAAAUACUUGGUCAAUUCCAUCGUACAGAUAAAUUGGCAUGGUUAAAUUAUAAACGUGCUGAUUUGUGGUCAUUGGGUGCUACUUUUUACGUAUGUUUGGCUGGUAGAUAUCCAUUCGAUGAUCAGAAACCAGUAAUGGAACAAGUAUACGCCGGUGUAAAAUUUCCUGAAAAACGGUUUGAAAAUUACUCGCCAGAUGCGAUCGAUCUUAUUAAAAGAUUAAUGAUAAACGAUCCAUUGAAACGUAUAUCAAUUGACGAGGCACUUAAUCAUCCUUUCUUCACGAUGAAUAAAUAA